GGCAUUUCGAGUACAUAACACCAGACAGUGUAAAGCAACAACAACAGCAGACAACACCAUCAACAUUGGCUUAUUCCAGACACCGGAUCCACGAUCAAGAAAACAUGUAACAACGCAGCGGACUGAUGAAGAUGACGUUUAGGGCCCAAGCUGGAUUCUGAAAGAUCGAGCCAUCCAAACCCCAACCUGACGCGAUGAAGUCCUCCAUUAUUCCACCGUCUGAACCACCGCCAGUGGAGUCUGAGUUGAAAGUAAGACCAGUACCUCUUCCAAGGUUGAAAAAACCCAACAACAUCUAUGAAACCAGAUAUGAUGUGCCUGCUGUCAAGAAACAGCCGACUCCUCCACCCAGACCUCCGGCUCCCAACUUUUAUUACAACCAGAAAUCUGAGAUUACAGAUAAACCUCAUCACCCUGGAGCCACACUCAGGCAAACGUCCUUACCAGCCAUCCAUUCUGAAACUGACGGACCUGCAAAACAGCCUCACAUUUUUCGACCAAGACUGUCUCUCUCAGAAGGGGCUCCUUUGAGCACAAGGGCGUUACCGGCUAGAUCAUGCCCGCAGAUUAAUGGUCCGCUGCCGCGCCCAUCCAUAACGCCACCAGUGGAGCCGCUGUACAUGGAAAUAGAGGACGCUCAGUACCUGGCCAUUCUACCACCAGAAGAUGAUGUCACAGCACAGGAGACAUCACCAACUUCGAAAGGAGUGUACAACCAAAUAGACUCUUGUCAACAAUAUUAUGAAAUCAUUGAAGAGAAAGAGGAUGUCCAGGAAAUACAGGAAAUGUUGAAAUGGAUGAGACAAGAGUCAAAGGCUGCUCACAAGACCCCAUCAGUGUUUGGACUCGAUAUUAAGCAGGAAAUAAGGUCAUUCAAUCAGAGAGCCAUGAAUAUAAAGCAAGCGCUUCAUCUCUACAAUGUUCUAAUGAAACGGCGAAGUCGAUGUUUAGGGUACUAUGUGUCCGAGUUCAGAUCCAUCUCACAACUCCUGGACAAAGAUGAGAAGAAGGUGAAAAAUAUGGGCAUUGCCGGAGGCACAACGGGGGCAGUGGGCGGAGUAGCUGCAGUGGUGGGCAUCGCCUUGGCGCCCGUAACCAUGGGAGUCUCGCUGAUCGCGACGGCUGUCGGCGUCGGAAUGGUGGGGGCGGCCGGUGGCAUGGGCGUCCAUGCCGCUACACCCAACAAGGAGAUUAACGAUCAAGAAAAAAUUGAGAAGCUGGCCUGCGAUUAUGCGAUGAGCGUCGCCGAUAUCGAACACUGCCUGGGUUUGAUCCUUUCUGAAGUGAACGAGCUGCAAAGGCAUGACCUGGGGAGGUUGGAGCACGCCGGAGGAGUGCUGCCUGCCGCACUGACGCUGGCCCACAGGUCACAGGCGGUGAGGAAUAACAUCCACAACGGGAGACUUUCUUCUUACGCAAGUACAACGCCUUCUGAGAGGCUGCUGCAGGCCUUUGCUGCAGAAAUGGACCAGUAUUAUAAAGACAAGGGCGGACAUAAAAAGCUGAGGAAGUCCAACAAGAGCAGACUUUCUGGCAGAGUUCAACUGCUGGCUCGAAAUCUGCAGGAGGAGCUGGAUUAUCUCAAUGAUAUGUGGAAAUGCUUCAAUCAAUCAAUGAAUCAAAGUUGAUUUAUAUAGCCCUAAAUCACAAGUGUCUCAAAGGGCUGCACUCAGAUCCCACAUCAGGGCAAGAAAAAACUCAACCCAGUGGGAUACAAUGAGAACUCUUGGAGGGGACCGCAGAUGUGUAGAUAUCCCAGUCACAUGUGAUAAUGCCAAAAAUCAAAUAAUUACAGUGAAUGAGGCAGGACUGGGACCACAGAUAGGUGCUUGCCACAUGUAGUGAAUUUGACAUCACAGAAGGGAAUAUCAGUCAAUAGGAUGGAGCGCCUCCUUGGGAGGAUCAGGAAGGAGGUUUCCUACUUCCACCCAAGCACAACAGCUGCUCAUGUGCUUAAGACAAAGUAAGAAAUGCUAAAGCUGCCUACUCAUAAGCUCAUACAUGAUGUCCCAACGAGGUGGAACUCCACUUAUGAUGUGUUGGAGCAGCAGGCAGCUAUAUACUCUGCAUUGACCCACAACACCCUGAAGACAAAUGUCACCCUGUCUGAUGAUGAUGUGAGAGUGGCAGAUGAGGUCCUCCAGGUGCUUAAACCCCUCAAAAGUGUUACAUCUCUACUGAGCACUGAAACUUCACCAUCUGUGUCAAUGAUCCUGCCACUGAAAACAAGGAUUCAACAAUCCAUGGCUCCAAGUGUGGAAGACAGCAGCAUCACUCCAGAUGUCAGGCUUUAUUUCACUACCUAUGUUUCAAGGAAGAUGAUGUGCCUUCUUAUGUUGCACUUUAACUUGUUUUUUAUUAAUGGUCAUUGGUCCAAGUUUAAAGAAAGGAGGAAUGCCUUUUGUUUUUCAUUAAUUAUGUUAAAAGGAAAAUAAGAAUGCAUGUCAAGUUGAUCAACAGAUUGUAUUAUUCUCCAGUGCAAUAACAGUACUAAAAUGAAGGCUAUAAGGGCAUGAAUGGGAGCUUUAAAAAAAAAGAAGAAAAAAAUAAGUAACUAAAUAGUUACUUUUCACAGUAACGCAUUACUUUUUGAUGUAAGUAACUGAGUUAGUAACUGAGUUACUUUUGAAAUAAAGUAACUAGUAACUGUAACUAGUUACUGGUUUUCAGUAACUAACCCAACACUGCCUAUCGUUCACUAUAAUUAUGAAGGACAUGAUGACGGAUGUGUUUUUUUAAUGCGUUCUAAAUAUUAAGUAAAUACGAUCAAAAGUCCGCUUACAAUGGAGCCAAUGGGAGCCGCUCUAUUCUGCCUAUAAAGCCCUUAAAAACAUCCAAACACCUCCAUUAAGGUUUUAUAUACAUGAUGUAAGUAUAUACAGUAUGUAAUGUAGUAACAGGCAUAUUUAUAAUAGCAUUUAAUAUUUACGUAUUUUGAUCAUUUUAAACAUUAACAAGGCAUUCAUUUAAAAAAAUCAUUACACACGUUUGCUUUUUUUUUUUAACAACAUCACUGAUUAUUACUCACUGCAGACCUCAUGAGAGCCAACAGACAUAAUAAAACAUCACUUACUGUACAAGGUCUGCUGUCAUUAGGAUGCCGACUGUUAGGAUGUUCAUAUAUUCCCAUUUAGGUGAAGAAUGACUCAUAAUUCUCUUUUCAAGUCGUUCGUGCCAUUUCCGGGUCUAAAUUGGGUGUCAAAGUUUACCAACUUGUCGGAAUACGUCCUCAGUCUUCUACUAUCCCGGUGAGAGGCAUGAUUUAUUAUCUAGAAUCAAGUUUGACGAGCAAGGAAACGAGGAAACAGCUGAUCAGUCGAUCAUGUCAACAUUAGCACAGAAGCUUUUGAUUACGGUGCCGCUAUGAAUAGUUUGUCUUGAUGUAUUGUGUUUAUUAAAUUGAGAGAAGUGGCAGGUCAAACCAUUGCUCAUUCAAUCUGAAAAGAUUUGCUUGCGCUUGAUUUCUCAAGUAAAUUUACUGCUAAUUCAACCUGAAGAGAUGCCGGUUGCACUUUAUUUUUUAUAUUAAUAUUGUAUUAUUUUUAUGUUAGAAAAACAACAGCAAAAGUAGCUGGUAUUUCCACGGUUAAAAUGUUGGUUACGGUACUUUUAUUGAAAAAUUGGUUGAAAGUUGAAAAUGUGAGCAGAAAAGGUUUCCUCUUGUUAAUUCCAUCUCAAGUGUUGGUUGCACUUUAUUCAAACACGAUGUGAAUACAUUGGCCAUUAAUUGUUGUUUACGUGCUUGUUUGUGUCCAUAAUUCAUUUAUACAUAAUUCCCUUACAAGAAAUAACAGGAAAAAAAUGAAACUUUAACUGUUAUGGCCUGUGUACACCCAUCCGUUUUUCGUUUGGAACAGCAAAAAUAAUUUUACAUAAAAAUCCACUUUCCCAGUUUUUUGGUUUAAUGAUAAAAAACGGAAAAUUGAUUGCUAUCCAUUAUCCGUUGUCGGAAUUUAUAAAUGUGUUUAAAAAAUAAAAAUAUGAAUUAAAACUAGUGGAAAACUAUUUUCCAGAUUGCACAUACGCAGACCCAGAUUUAAACAAGUUGGAAAAACCUAUUCGGGUGUUACCAUUUGUGGUCAAUUGUACGGAAUAUGUACUGUACUGUGCAAUCUACUAAUAAAAGUUUCAAUCAAUCAAUCAAAAAAAGUGUAUCUUUUCAGGAUCCUCUUCUGUGAGUGACCCAGAACAACAACAGGAUGGUGUCAGUCUUGUCAAAACAAGUUAGUCCCGGUCAAGAGUCCCCUUUUGUUUUUUUAUGGCCAAAGGAAAGUGACACAUUUUUCCGUGAACCUCGUUUUUCUUUUUCUGUUGUUGUUGUUGUAUUUUCCAAGUCUGAAUGUCUAAUCCUGUACUGUCGGCACCUAACAUCCACACUAGAGAUGCGCGGAUAGGCAAUUAUUUCAUCCGCAACCGCAUCAGAAAGUCGUCAACCAUCCGCAAUCCACCCGAUCUAACAUUUGAUCAGAACCGCACCCGCCCGCCAUCCGCCCGCACCCGCCCGUUGUUAUAUAUCUAAUAUAGACGAUGCAAGGCAUUAGUGAGGUUAUAAAGCUUUUGCCUG